GGUGAUGUCAGCUCUGGACAAAAAUAGAGAGGGAUCGCCUGCAAAUCCCCAGCUCCGGCGGGGCUAAACCUUGCAAUCCCUCCCGGGCCGGCGCCGAGCCAGGGCGCAUCGGCUUCCACCACCUCCCCCGGCGCGCACACACCAGCACACGCGCACGCACGCACACACUCCCCCGCACUCGCACUCCCCGUCUUUCCCGGUGCCCCUCGUUGCGGGCCACUCGCCGCACCCGUUUGCCCCGCGUGUUAAAGCACACACAGGUGGCGGCUGGGACGUGGGGAGCGCGUUCCUGCAGCCCUGCGGUCAGAGCGAUCUCACAGGAGCCAGUGUGGGAUCCCCGCAGUGCCCCAUCGGAGCGCUGGCCGCGAGCCGCGCACGGGAACGCGGACCGCGCGCCGUGGAUAGCCGGGACGUGGAUUAGCGCCCGCAGCAGCCUCCCGCGCGCGCCGAGGCGCUAAAGGGCUUACCCAGGAGGGGGGUGCGAGGGCGGGGAGAGGCUGCCCGUUAAAUACCGCUCCCCGCCGCACUCCGGGCUCACCCAGCUCGCUGCCACCGUUGCCAGAUCGUGCCCAGGAGGAGGGGGCGUUCCCCGCGCCAUGGCAUCAACGGAAGGUGCCAACAAUAUGCCCAAGCAGGUGGAAGUUCGCAUGCACGACAGCCACCUCAGCUCUGAGGAGCCGAAGCACCGAAACCUGGGCCUGCGCAUGUGCGACAAGCUGGGGAAGAACCUCCUGCUCUCCCUGACGGUGUUCGGUGUCAUCCUGGGGGCAGUAUGUGGCGGGCUGCUUCGCUUGGCCUCUCCCAUCCAUCCUGAUGUGGUCAUGUUGAUAGCCUUCCCAGGGGACAUACUCAUGAGGAUGCUAAAGAUGCUCAUCCUCCCUCUCAUCAUCUCCAGUUUAAUCACAGGGUUGUCAGGCUUGGAUGCUAAAGCCAGCGGCCGCCUAGGCACGAGAGCCAUGGUGUAUUACAUGUCCACGACCAUCAUUGCCGCUGUGCUGGGGGUCAUCCUGGUGUUGGCUAUCCACCCAGGCAAUCCCAAACUCAAGAAGCAGCUGGGGCCUGGGAAGAAAAACGACGAGGUGUCUAGCCUGGAUGCCUUCCUGGAUCUCAUUAGAAAUCUCUUCCCGGAGAACCUGGUGCAAGCCUGUUUCCAACAGAUUCAGACAGUGACAAAGAAAGUUCUCGUGGAACCUCAGGCUGAGGAGGUCAAUACAACCAAGGCCGUCAUCUCCAUGUUGAAUGAGACCAUGAAUGAGGCCCCUGAAGAAACUAAGAUCAUUAUAAAGAAGGGCCUGGAGUUCAAAGACGGGAUGAAUGUCUUAGGUCUGAUAGGGUUCUUCAUUGCUUUCGGGAUUGCCAUGGGGAAGAUGGGUGAGCAGGCCAAACUGAUGGUGGAGUUCUUCAACAUCCUGAAUGAGAUCGUCAUGAAGCUAGUGAUCAUGAUCAUGUGGUACUCCCCGCUGGGUAUCGCCUGCCUGAUCUGUGGGAAGAUCAUCGCCAUCAAGGAUUUAGAAGUGGUUGCUAGGCAACUGGGGAUGUACAUGAUCACUGUGAUCGUGGGUCUCAUCAUCCAUGGGGGCAUCUUUCUCCCCUUGAUCUACUUUGUAGUGACCAGAAAAAACCCAUUCUCCUUUUUUGCUGGUAUUUUCCAAGCCUGGAUCACCGCCCUGGGAACAGCUUCCAGUGCUGGAACUUUGCCUGUCACCUUCCGUUGCUUGGAAGACAAUCUAGGGAUUGAUAAGCGUGUGACGAGGUUCGUUCUUCCAGUUGGAGCAACCAUUAACAUGGAUGGUACAGCGCUUUACGAAGCCGUGGCCGCCAUCUUCAUAGCCCAAAUGAACGGUGUCAUCCUGGAUGGAGGGCAGAUUGUGACUGUAAGCCUCACAGCCACACUGGCGAGCAUUGGUGCAGCCAGUAUUCCCAGCGCCGGGUUGGUCACCAUGCUCCUCAUUCUGACAGCCGUGGGCCUGCCGACGGAGGACAUCAGUUUGCUGGUGGCAGUAGAUUGGCUCCUGGACAGGAUGAGAACUUCAGUCAAUGUUGUGGGUGACUCUUUUGGGGCUGGGAUUGUCUAUCACCUCUCCAAGUCUGAGCUGGAUAGCAUCGACUCUCAACACCGGAUGCAUGAAGACAUUGAAAUGACCAAGACGCAGUCCAUUUAUGAUGACACGAAGAACCAUAGGGAAAGCAAUUCUAAUCAGUGUGUCUAUGCUGCACACAACUCUGUCAUAAUAGAUGAGUGCAAGUCUCUUCAUUAUGUGGAAUAUCAAUCGUGGGUUUAAGUUUGCACAUGACGUUGAGGACAGACAGACAGAAGAAGGUAACUCUGGCGGCCAAUGGAAAGUCAGCUGACUGCAGCGUUGAUGAAGAGCCUUGGAAACGUGAAAAAUAAUGACCUGACUCUCAGCCAAUUCUUGAAUAAACUCCCCAGCGUAUCUUAUGGUAAAAGAUGCUCUAAACAGGCUUCCUUUACGAAAGGAAAAAUGCACAUAUUUCUAUGUUUACUUAAUCUGUUAGCUGAGGCUUAGAGGAGCUGUUGUACACCCGUGAUGACAGGCACUGUGCUGUGUCCUUGCCAAAUAAUGCUUCAUAACUGUCUAAUUUUCUUACUUGUGUUGCUAUCUGAAUGGAUGAUGCUGGAGACAUGACUUUGAACAGAAGACAAGUUCUUGCCAGCUUCCCUUUGUCUCAUUGCACAACUGUGGAUGCUCUUUUCCCAUGGGGACAGGACAAAAGCAGUGUGGUACACUCCAGGGACUUGAGACAAUGAGCACACACAGUGUGGUAUUCCUUAAGUGUUCAUUGCUUACCUUGUUCUGCACAAUGAUUCUGCUAGAAACUUCUAUAAGUUUUCCCCCUCCAGCUGUAGAGUCGGCAUCUGUCAUAGGGACAACUUGCAUUUUUGUGUACUGUCUAAGUUAAAUAUUUCAGAGUUUCAGUGGUUGCCCAUACUCUUGGAAGGCAGGUGACCAUGAAGCCAACAGUUGCUCUGCCUUCCCUAUUUGUGUGUGUGUGUGUGUGUGUGUGUGUGUGUGUGUGUGUGUGUAAUGGGGAAUUUAAAUGAACUAAGAAUUAUUUGCAUAUAACCACUGUAUACCUUGAGAAAAGUAAAAAACCGUAGUCAACCUAAAUUUUAACCAGAUUUAAAUAUUCAAACGCACUUGUUGGACUUGCAUUCAGACAGCACAGUGAUGUUAAGUGUGAUCCCCUGAUCUUUGUUAUUAUUUGCUUCACUCAUAAGAGUCUCAUUUGACUUCCUAACAAAAAGAUAUUUUCAAUAUCCAAAUCACUUCCCUCACAUUCUCAUCCAUCUAUGUGGCUGAGCAUUUUAGCUUCCUCACACAAAGGGACAGAUGUUGGCUGUGUCUCUUCUCAUAUCAUUUUGAUAUAUAAUAUGUAGAAAGUGUUCCAUUAUAUAAAGAGCCUGAAAACCAUCACAAGACACAAAAGCUUUCUUCCCCUUCAGUGAGAAAGGAGCAGAAAGUCAACCUUUAUAUAAAAUCCUUUAAAGUGAGAAAGGAGCAGAAAGUCAACCUUUAUAUAAAAUCCUUUAAAGAUGAUAUUCCUAUGACAGAGUCCAGACAGUCUCAAACCAUCAAGUAAUGGCAAAGAAUGGGCCCACAAACUUCUCUGAUAGAAUCUUUUCCAAGGGCAGUGAAAGUUUUAAGGAAGAAAAAAUAUAAUUGUCACAGCAUGAGCAUGGUGGUUUGCCUGUGGUACACUUAAUUACUGGUUGUGCAAGCUAAAAUUGUGAGUGUCUACUAUUAUCUUCUGUUGAAUAACCCACAGUAUUUUCCUAAGAUUCCUGGGCUUAAGGGUUGGCUGGGAACUUGAACUACUGAAUACAAAGCACACUUGACUCUAAGAAGCAGAUGGAGCCUGGUCCAUAGGUUAAAGUGCAUGUGACCUCUGAGGCAAGCAGAGUUGGGGGAGAUAUUCGUAUAUAGUAAUAGGACCCAGCAUCUCUGAGAAAGGUUACUGAGACAUUGCCUCUCUUUUUAGCCUCUCUUGUGACUUCUCUCCUUCAAAUCAAACAGCUUGGAAACAUACGAAAGACAAGAGAUUCCUUCUGUUUUUUGCUUUGUUUUGCUCUGUUUUUGUUUUCUUUUUUUUUUUAAUCUCAUAAACCUUAACUGUUUGAAAACAAGGAUCACACAAAAGACAAGAGAUUCCUGGCUUUUUUUUAAUUACUGUUUUUUCUUUGUUUUAUCUCAUACACCUUAACUGUUUUUAAACAAGGAUCACUCUGGAGCAGUAUUAAUGAUUAUUUCGCUUUGUUUUGGUUUCUGGCUUUUGAAACCAGGUCUUGCUAUGCAGGCCAGGCCAGCUUCAAACUCACACCCUUCCUGCUCAGCCCUAGUUCUAAGGUUAUAGGUGGACAUCACCACAUCAGCUGGUAGAUGGGGCUUUGGUAACCCUAUUCCUUAAAUGGAUUCAGUUGAUAUUUUUGAAGAAUCAAGAUCAUUUCAGAAGCAAGCCAACCGAACAGACAUUCACCCUUCCCUUUCUUACCCUUUCCCUUUGAGAAGCAAGAGGAAUCAUUAUUCAGCUAUCAAGGAAAAUUCAGCAAAUGCAGUCAGUGAAUAGGAUGGCUGUUUUGAAGGUGGUGUUUAACCUUAGGUUUCUAAGGGUAGCCUCUCCGUAUGCUGUAUGCUGGAGAAUCUAGGCAGCCAUCAGGAUCUGAGCACACAAAACCCCAGUAAAGUCCUGGAGGUGAUUUUAGGACCACAAGGUCACUACCAGAUUCUGUUUUUCACUUCCUGUUGGGUAUAGCAAAAAGCCUGUGUGGCCUCAUAGCCUGUGGACAUUUUCAUGCUCCAUAAAAGACAAAUGGCCAUUUCUUCUCUCUCUAGUCAGCUUGGGCAUUCACAAAGUGAAAGGAUACCAAAAUGUCCCUGGAUGGAAACUAAGAAAACAGAGAAACGGAUAGGAAGAAUUCAGCUCAUGGGGCAAUUCCUGCUAGGGGAUGCUGUGAAUCUCAAUGUUUGACUUGAUUAGGUCUCGGGUAUUUUCCAGCUGUGGCUGGAAAAUCAUGCCACAUGCAGGAAGGUGCAUUUGGUCAGAGGGCCUUUUAGCCCGGAGAGAUUGAGAAGCUUAUCUGUAGGGUCUUCAAAAGAAAACCCAAUCCUGCCUUCUUUUUGCAAAUAAACCUCCCUUUGUCCUCCAAAGCAAUAGUUCACUAUAACUUUUCACUUUUGUCAGGAUUCGGGCUCUGGUCCGUGCACUGCUCCCCUCAUGCAGCGGCACAAUAAAUCCAAAUAGGUGUUCACACGCUCUGGCUCCGAUAGACAAGUCUGGGCAGCACCAGCCUUUGACGACUAAAGCUGAAGCAGUUACACCGCAGGGGCCAACUCGCCCACCUUCUGCUCACUGCCAUCUGCCCUGCACUUUUGCUUUGCUUAUUUUCCAGCCGAACUCAUUAUAAGCUGAGACGAAGUACCAAAUGGGAUUUUCCAGUACUUACAAGACUCCAGGGCCAAGGGUCAUAAGAAGAUAAAGUGGGGUUUUCCUAAAUCAAGUUGUCAUUUAAGAUUUAUGGUCUUGGCAUCUAUAGUAAUUUCUGGCUAAACCCAAUAGAAGGGUCACCGCAUACCAACCAAACCAGGUAGCAAAGGAGUCAGCUGUUUUUCCACGGGUGGAGUGAGAUAAAAUCUGUUCAAAAACACCAGCUAGUUGAGAAUCUUCCCUAAAACUCUCUUCCCAGUCCGCUGCUCUCUUCCUUCCCUCUCCUUUCCUUCCAUCCCAUUGCUCAACAGAAAGAGUUGUAAAUGGCCAUACAGUUAUGUGGGGCUUGGUGUGGGAGGAGAUAGCAGAUCUUAACUGAGUAAUAUCCAGUCUCACUACCUGAACCACAAUCUGGCACCCGACACAGGAAUGCUUAAAAACCACGUGGUUUGGGAGAGGAACCAUUUGAUUUAGACAUGCCCACUAGGAGCUGUAUGACUUACAAAAGCCACUGUCUGCCCAGACUUCUUUUGCUUCUAUAUGAGAAGAGGGGAGAUUGGACCAAAUGACUAAAGUCUCCUUCUAGCUCUGCAAAUGCACUUUUCUAAUCUCUGCUUUACUUUUUCCAUCUUCAGAGGCUUCCUGUCCUAAAACAUGGCUUACUUGUAUUUUAAGUUGUAAAGACACACAAUAAUGAUGAAUCAGUUUAGUUUUUUUUCCCCUCAUUCCCUUGGGAAAACUCAAACUCAAGUGUCUGUUCGUUCCACGCUUUACAAGAAGCUUGGAGAGUGGCCGUUUAAAACCAUAGUCCACUGUUCUUCUGAGACACCAGUGAACAUCCCUCUGUAAAGAUCCCUUUGACCUAAACUCGCUGUUCUCGCAGGCGCUGCAGUUCUGCCCAGGGAGAUGCUCUGCAGUCACCAGGAGGGACCAGGCACCUCGCAGCUGCACCUGAGUCCUUGCAUCACAUCUGCUGUAGCAACAGCACCCACUCCAAAUACUCAGCCCACAUCAUUUUCCCCAAACAGUCUUAAUUGCCAAUCCUGUAUGGGAGUUUGGGAGGCUCUGGCAAACAAGCUUGAACACUCCUGACAUUUGGUGCAAGAUUUACACAACCACAGCAACCGUCUCCACAUACGUGCAGACAUGUAUAUCCAUUCCUGAACCAGGGAGACGAGUCUUUUCUCUGGAGGGAUGAGCAGGCAGAUUUGAUUGAUUUCAUUUGAAAGUUUUCCUCUUGGUUUGCUUGCAUAACAGACAUAACAUUGUAGGGAGAGACACUGUCACUUAUAAGAACAGAGUUUUCCCAUUUGCUUAUGCCCUUUUCUGUGCUCACAGAGUCUCUAAGUAGUUAGAAAGUUGCGAGGUGGUUUACCCUCUCUGCUUGUGUUGUAAUAGACCAUAGCUUGCAUGUUUGCCCUCUAAGUUUCUAAUAGAAUGGAGUUGAUAGCCUAGUGUAGUGAACAUCUUCAUUGCCAGAAAAGAUUUCAGCUCUUCAAAUUUGGAAGAGCAAGUUGGAAAACCAGGUCUAAAAGAUUAAUUUGCGCUGUUGGUAGUGAUGGUGGUUGCUUCGCCAGCCCUCCCCUCCCCCUUCCCCCCCCAGGUGGCAGAAGAUCUAGAGCAGAAAGAUAGUAGUGUUUCUUAAUUGAUCCACUUAAGGUCACCAUGGAAAAGUGGGAGAUAACGUUCCUGGGCGAUAAGGGUUACGCUACCACCUGGAAUCAUUUCCAGUCAGCGUUUUGUUUCUAUGCUAAUUUCCCAGUCUUGUUGGAACAGACCUGUGCACUGCAGAGCCAGCACGUGACCUAGACAGUUGGUGGCAGUAUAUCUGGGUUCCUCUGGAGACACCCCCAAUCCCCAGAUGAGCUCUGGAACCUAACAACUGACUGUUAUCCUUGUCAUCAUCCUCUGGGACAUGGGGAUGAUGCAGCCAGACAGAGCCUUGUUGCUUCUGGGCUCCGUUUCUCCUCAUGGCAACCAUUCACCCUGCCUGGAAACGGCCUGCUGCCUUUGGUAGGGGACAGAUAUGCUCAUGAGCCAAGGAAGCUGGUCAAACAUAUCCCUAAGGUUUCUUCAUGCUGGAGCAAAUUCCCUAAUACACACAAUCUGAAACUCAGCUCCAUGAUGACUUACGGCUCCAUAUUUCCCUUCCUGUCUCAGAGCCUUCCUGUCUACGAAUCUGGUACCCAGAUUCUUCUACAGCUCAUCUCAACCCUUUCUUCUUUCUUCCUGCCUCUGUGAGAGCUCAGCAUCCCAUCUCCAUGCUGUACAACACAAACCAGAUCAUCUGGUUACUAUAGAGAUUUGUAUAUAUUAAAACAAGCUUACUUUUUGGAGAAUGUUUUGUAUAUUCUUUUUCUAUUUGUUUUCUACAGCUUGAGGAGAGAGCUGGCAAACUGUGAAUCUAAUUUUAUGUUUAUGCCAGCAGAUAUAUUUUAGCUUCCUGGGAAAAAUCUGUGUUACUAGGGACAACAUAUUGCCCUCUGAUCAGUAUUGCACCCCAAAUCUACAAAGUUACUUUGGCCCCAUCUUACAUUCUUUCUUACACGAAUCCUCACAGUUCUUUGCUAUUAUUUAUAAAGAUAAAUAUUUAUAGUCAUGGGUAUUACAAGUUUAAUCUUAAUUUAGCUUUUAAUAAUGUUAUGCAUGUUUGUAUCUAUUCUUCAAAAAAUCAUAAAGACUCAGAGUAGGCUGAAAUAAUCUAUUUAGUAUCUGUAAUUUUUCAGACAGAUAUUUUCUUAUGAUAUUUUCUAUACAACCACAUAGAAGUAUAACUAAUUAGAGCACAAGUUUCUAUAGCAAUUUAGGGGUAUCAACUGUUUCCUGAGCAUAUAGCCACAUUUGAGAAAUUUAGGAACUCGGUCCUUAAUGAUGCAAUAACUAACAUGACCAAACUAGGAGCAAGGAAUUGCUUAAUCCCCUGAGACAGUUAGGAUAUGCAUCUAGACAGCUAAUCCACCAAGGUGAAGCAAAGGUGCUAACUUCUUUUCUUCCAGCACCAGACCUUGUUUUCCCAAUUGACCAUUCUAAUUUUACUUUCCCGUAAGACCAAUAAAGACUGGUGCUAGCAGUGGGGUAGUUUCUAUAUCAGAAUCUCCCAUGCAUUCCUAAAUGUUUAUGUGAAAAUUGGCCCAGGAAAAGGUUGAGUAGCAAAGACUGAGGAUGAGUGGUAAGACAAGAAUUCAGGACAGAUUUGGUGCAGUUUUGAGUCUUGCCAAGCAAAAUGAGAGCAAAACCUCACAUUGUUAUAUGAAUCGAACAUAUAUUUUUAAAGGAAAUGAAAGACAACAUAUUUUUAGUACCCACUCAGAAUCCAUGCUGAGUCACCAGGGGGGCUGGAGGUGGGAGUUAGAGUCAUACUGAGAUUAUUUGUAAUAAACCCAAAUAGAUUAUCCUCAGGUAGGCAUCAAACUAUGUAACCUUCCCACAAGGUAAAGCAGUAGCCACUGAAAACAUGAGGUGUCUUUCCUCCACCAAACACGCUCUCUGAGAUUGUGGUGAAACUAGUAUUUUACCGUGUUUGAAAGGGUAGUUCGUUACAUAGAACACAUACUAGGAUGUAUUUGAACCUGCUCCUCAUCAAGCAAACAGAUUAGAUGUGCCCUCAACUGGCUAAGAUUGUAUCUGUUUCCAAGUACAGCUAGCUAUCAGAGCAUGACAUUCUUGUGUGUACACGCGACACUUGGUUCACGCAUGAAGACAGUGCCUAUGCACUUUGUGUAGCGAUGAUGUAGGUAUUUGUGUGUAAUUUCAGUGAAAUGGUGUAUAGAUGUAAUUUAAUUUAAAUGUUCUUCUUGGCUGUUUAUCUAAAUGCAAUAGAUAUGCUGAUUGCCAUUUGGAAAACCUAUUUUUGUCGUCUUAGGUAUCUCCUAGAAGUUAUUUCUCUUUCUCGAUGUGAUCUGAGUGAAGAAUUUACCCAUGAAACCUCCUUACUGAUGAUUGUUUGCAAAUCUAUGUGUUCAGCACCUUUGUAAAUACAACUCAGAGCAGGGAUGGGGUUGAAUGUGUGUCUUGCCACACAGUGAAAGUCAUCCUAUGCCUGCAGCCUUUCCCAUUCAGUGCACCUGCGGAACUUUCAGUUGUCAAGGCUGAGGGAGGUUUAGAAUGAGGACAUUCAUCUCUUGUCCUCCCUCACCAGUGGGCUGAUCUUAAAGAGACAAAAGUGGGGGGGGCUCCAUCUACUCCUUGGCAUGCUAGAAUUGUGUCGUUAGGGAAGGGUGGACCUCGCUGGCUGUCAGAUCUUCAUCAUGACAUGGUAACCAUGACCUAAGAUUCUGAAGAGCCUUGCUCCCCUUGGCUUCUUGAGUCAGCAUACAGGAAUGCAUUUACUGAUUAGCUGCCACACAGGUAAGCCCCCCCCCCACCUCAAAGCACAGUUCUGGCAGCAUUGCACAUUUGUCAGAAAACAAGAGAAUACUAUAAGCACAUCAAGGCUAGGGGCCAGCAAUGGCCAGGAGUCAGGCUUGGCAGAGGCAAAGGACUAACCUGUGUUGCACUGAUUCCAAGUAUGUGAUGGGAGUCUGAUCUCCUCUACCCAGGAUGCUCUGUUUGCAUGUGUGAAGUAUGUGAGAAUGAGACUAACAGUGACCACAUUCCUCCUCAUUCACACUAAACACCAAGCUGUGAGGUCUUUAGUUCCUGCAACCCCUUUCUUCCCUGCAAAGACGGAAGAAACUGAAACAUGCUGGAGAGUGCCUCUCGCCCCCCUUCUCAAAGAUCCUGAAGAUGUGAAGCACAUUUUUUCCCAGGGGCUUCCCUAGAUGUAUGGAGUGAGGACAUGUGGUGGCUGGGUCCUUCAAAUUCUGGAUGGAAAAAAAUGUACUGAAAGGGAAGUAGACUUUAGGCAGGAUUAUCUUUGAAUGAAAGAAUAAUGGUUUCCCUCAAGUUCACAAGUCCCGGUUGGUCUGAUGUCAUGUAGCAUAACGUAUCUAUAGUAGCACAUGGUAUUUAAAGACUAAUGAAUGCAAAAAAGAUGAGAAACUCAACUAAUCUGGGGAUUGUUUCUUAUAUAUGGUACUAGGAAAUACCUUGUUGGCAAAGCACAUCUUGGGUAGUUAAGAUCUCCUGUGUUUGUCUUCAGCUUUUUUUGUGAUGUGGACUGAUGACUGUAACAUUCCAUGUGUAAAAUAACUGGAUAUUCUUCAUCUGCUGGAAAUAACCUGUAAAUCCAACCUUUCACUAAGUGUUUUAACUUCUGUGGAUAUAUAUUUCUCAUCAAUAAAUGUGGAUUCCAAUUUC